AGUCAUCAAUUUAAAACUCCUGGAAUUCUUCGGCUUAUCUUUAUCUGACAUUAAAAUUAGCUUGAUAAUUUGAAACAACAGAUUGUCAAGAUAAUAAUCUUGAUCAUAAGGGGGCAAAUACUUUUUUCCCCCACCAGUGUAAAGUCUCACGUUAACGCCGCAAUUCUGUCUUUUAAAAACAUAGGGGGAAGAAAUGGAUUUUUAUCGUUUUUGUACAACUGUAAAACAAGCUUUUUUUUCUGUAAAAGUUUCACUUCUGUUCUCUGUUUGAAGCUGCGGUGCGUACUGUGGCUUUAAGGACAGGUACCACCUAACCACUUCCCUCUACAGACCACGAGUCUGAAACAAAAUCCUGCUCAUUCUGCAUGCAGUCAGCUGUGUAGGUGUCAGCCCAGGACAUGUGCAAUAUCUGAACACACCUGAGAAGAAUGCUCGUCAGAUGGAAAAGCUUCAGCAGCAACAAGGCCAACUCUUCCAAGAUGAACGAAUGGAAGACGACGGUUUUCCUGCUGUGUGCGGCUGCCGUUGGGCUUCUGCUAAAGGCGCAUUUCAAUAACUGGCCCAGCUUAAAAGACAGAAACCUGUCCUGGCGUGAGCUGGAGACUGAGCUUUCUGAUGUUAAUGCACUGCUUGGUCAUCACCUGAGGCGUUCUGUCGAACCGUUUCUGUCUGCAAACAUCAGUCUGUCAGAGGAAACAUUUAACUGGUGGAAGCAACUACAGCGUGAGAAGCAUGACCUCAACUGCUAUAAAUCAACAGUGCAGAAGCUGUUUGAGAUAUUCCCACCCACUUCCAAAGCUGAUCCCGUAAGAUACAGGACUUGUGCAGUCGUGGGAAACUCCGUCAACCUGAGAGGAGCAGCUUAUGGACAGCUUAUAGAUUUCCACGAGGUCAUUAUAAGAAUGAAUGGGGCACCAAUACAAGGCCACGAAGAAGACGUCGGCGUCAAAACAACUCAUCACGUCAUGUACCCGGAGAGCGCCGUGGAUUUAAAUAACUCUACUCACCUCGUGCUGUUUCCAUUCAAGAUACAAGACCUUCAGUGGCUCAUUAAGGCCUUUACGACGGGGUUUAACGGAAAGUGAGUUCCACGUUUUCUCCGUCGGUUUAGGAUUUUAAGCAUCUUGCACGUCAACUUUUAUUGAGAAAACAUAUUUGCUUACAAACACAAAGAGAAACUCAGGAACAGAAUAAUAAACAUGAGGUAGUAAGCCAGGGGUGUUUGAGCUUCUACAGUGAAUGCGUUGAUACAAACAAAAAACCAGCAAGCAGAUAUUACAGAUAUGAAAAAUAUUCAAUAACUGCAACAUGUGUUUACAGCAUUUUUGUUUUUACUCUUGGAAAUAAUGGAUAAAUAUAGAUUUAAAAAGGAUCAAGAUGACAAAAAUUAGCAUUUGUGAAUAUAAAAUUUGACAAAUUAAAGUGAAACCUCAAUAAUACCAACAAGCAACUCGUUUGUAGAAUAAAAAUUGAAUUCUAGUUCAAAUUAAAUAUGAUUACGAUAUUUUACACUUUUUCUUUUCAAUUUUCUAGGGCUAGCAGAGAAAGCCCUGCUACGUAUGUCAGACUAUCAUCCAUCCCUUCACUUGUUUACCAGUUGGUGGCGGUAAUGUUUCCUUUAGUCGUUUGCUCACCGCCAUUACAAAACAGAAAACGACGGGACCUUUUUUUCCAUAGGCAUGAAUACGUAGACACCUCAUUGAGCGCUGAGUCCUACGUUACGUCGCCGCCAUCUUGUAUGUGGCAGUAGAGUGAUCGGAGCUCCCUAAGUCAGGUCCUUCUCCCCACUUCAGUCAUCGCGCAUGCGCAAAAAACGGCAAGCAUUGUAAAACUGGCAAGAUAUCGAGUUACCUCCAAGUUUUAACCCUCGUUUUUUCUCUUAAGUUU